GUUGUUUAUUAUCAUUUAUUUUUUUGGGAGUGAUUUGUUUUCAUUUUAUAAUUUUGCUAAUUUUCCGCAAAAAAUUAACAUUCACUUAAAAAAAUUCUUAACAAUUUGUAAACAAAAUGACUGAAGAUAUUGAAAAGUACUUUAAAAAUCUUUUAAAAAAAAUCAAUGGUUUGUAUAUUAUACAAAUUACGGACCGUGAUGGAGCACCCGUUAUGAGGGUCAGUCAAGAUAAAAAUGUAGAUUUCACAUUAACACCCCCAUUUAUUUCGACAUUUACAACUGCAACGGAUCAAGCUGGAAAGUUGGGCUUGGGUCGUAAUAAAACGAUUAUAUCAAUGUAUUCCAACUAUCAGGUGGUUCAAAUGAUUAAAUUACCCUUGAUUUUGACAUUUGUUGGAUCUGAAAACUGUAAUACCGGCCACAUUUUAGCAUUAGAACAUCAAUUGGAUCCCUAUUUAGAAGAUAUGAGACUUGCUGUUAGUGAAGCCACAUAAAUGAACAUUUCCACGCUACUUUUCUAUUUGGUAUAAACUCAUUAUUCUCUUCUCAAUAAAUAUAAGUAACAAACAUUUUCCAAAUUAUUUUUUGUAAAUUAUAUAGUAUAUGUAUGUAACUAUGUAUAAGAUGUUUGAGUAAGAACAAAAUUAUAAAAUAAAAACAUUUUUACUUACAAAAAUAAUAACAAAUCAA